UUUACCAAACUCGGUGGACCCGCUGAGCGCAGAAGUCUUGUGUCCGAGUACGGUGUGGAGCUGAGGAUGUUAGCGAGCGAGUGUUUACAGGAGUCGGACUGGAAGUACGCGUAGAUAUCCGGCAGAAAUGAGGACUGUAAAUGUUCAUCUUUAUCUGAAGACACGCGACCCAGCAUUAGUAUAAGAGGACUCGUAAAACUUGGAGAACGUGCACGGCAGACGCGAGGAUCUUUGCUAGUGGUUAUUUUGUAGUGGUGGAUACUUUGCCAGCUGGUUAUCUGACAUUGUGGGUUAAGAGAAAAAAAUAGUGUGAUCCAGAACAUUUGGAGGAAUAACGUAAGAGGAUAAGCAUGCGCUGGAUCUGUGUCGUGGAUUUAUUGGCGUUUCUGCUCAUGGGCUUCCUACCUCAGGUUCGUGGGUUCGGUGACGAGGAUGAGAUGCGCUGCGAUCCAAUUCGGAUUUCCAUGUGUCAAAACUUGGGAUACAAUGUUACAAAAAUGCCCAAUCUAGUAGGGCACGAACUUCAGUCUGAUGCUGAGUUGCAGCUGACCACAUUCACCCCGUUAAUUCAGUACGGGUGCUCCAGCCAGUUGCAGUUCUUCCUCUGCUCAGUCUAUGUUCCCAUGUGUACAGAGAAGAUCAAUAUCCCAAUUGGCCCAUGUGGUAGCAUGUGCCUCUCAGUGAAAAGAAAGUGUGAGCCUGUCCUGAAGGAAUUUGGAUUUGUGUGGCCGGAUGCUUUAAACUGCAGCUUGUUUCCUCCUCAGAAUGACCACAACCAUAUGUGCAUGGAAGGACCAGGUGAUGAAGAGAUCCCUUAUCACACAAGUAAAACAUCUCUGCAGCCUCUGGAAGAGGAAUGCCAGACUAUGGGAGUCAGUUCAGACCAGUACAUCUUGGUCAAAAGGAGCCAGAAGUGUGUCUUAAAGUGUGGGUAUGACGCGGGCCUAUACAGCAGAUCUGCCAAAGAAUUCACAGAUAUUUGGAUGGCUGUAUGGGCUGUUCUUUGUUUUGUGUCAACCUCCUUUACUGUUUUGACCUUCCUUAUUGAUUCAUCCAGAUUCUCAUACCCGGAAAGGCCCAUAAUUUUUCUUAGCAUGUGUUAUAAUAUUUAUAGCAUCGCUUAUAUUGUGAGAUUGACCGUGGGCAGAGAGAGGAUAUCUUGUGACUUUGAAGAGGCGUCUGAGCCAGUGCUUAUCCAGGAGGGGCUUAAGAACACCAGCUGUGCCAUUGUCUUCCUUCUCAUGUAUUUCUUUGGGAUGGCUAGCUCCAUCUGGUGGGUAAUCCUGACAUUGACCUGGUUUCUAGCUGCAGGUCUUAAAUGGGGACAUGAAGCUAUAGAGAUGCACAGCUCUUAUUUCCACAUUGCUGCUUGGGCAAUCCCAGCAGUGAAAACUAUUGUGAUUUUAAUAAUGCGGCUUGUGGACACUGAUGAGCUAACGGGACUGUGCUAUGUCGGGAGUCAACACAUUGAUGCACUUACUGGUUUUGUGGUGGCCCCUUUGUUUACUUAUUUGGUGAUUGGGACUUUGUUCAUAGCUGCUGGUUUGGUAGCAUUGUUUAAAAUCCGAUCCAACCUUCAAAAGGAUGGUGCUAAGACUGACAAACUGGAAAGGCUAAUGGUAAAAAUUGGUGUAUUUUCAGUUUUAUACACUGUUCCAGCAACAUGUGUCAUUGCGUGUUACUUUUAUGAAAUCUCUAAUUGGACUGUCUUUCGCUACUCUGCUGAGGACUCGAACAUGGCUGUGGAAAUGUUAAAGAUUUUCAUGUCUCUUUUGGUUGGCAUUACAUCAGGAAUGUGGAUUUGGUCGGCCAAGACUUUACACACCUGGCAAAAGUGUUCAAACCGGUUGGUAAGUUCUGGAAGGACCAAACGAGAAAAAAGGACAGAAAAUUGGACAAAGCAAGGCAAGGGCAAUGAAACUGUGGUAUGAACCCAAACUAUAUUUCUGUUAACUUUUGGUUUUGCUCUUUUUCCAGCGCUAAGCCAACCUAUCAUAAGCCAGUUACAGGUUGGCACAAAUGGCCAAAUGCUUACCACAAGGCGAUGCGUUGUAGGUGGGGAAAACCAUUUGAAAACAAUUGCUUUUAAAAAGACACUGUUGGUCCUUGUUGCACAUUGCCUUACCAGCCACAAUUGGCAAUACUAAGGUUAGAGAUGUUUUAUACUCUUUUUGUAUUUUAACAGUAACUGGUGUGGCUUGCUACAGCAUCAAACACUGUGUAAUCCGUGAACUGGCAGUUGCAUAAUCUGGGUUUCAAGCUAUGGGUAACGUUGACUGCAAAGGAGUAUUUCAUAGCAGGUUUUUGCUUUUCUUUUCAAGUUUUUAUUUUAAAAUACACUGGACAGUGAGACUGUGUAAACUGAGCAUAUAUAUCACAGUAUGAAACACUGAAAGAGGAUUUAUUAAUGAACUUUGUGAGCCUCAUAAUAUUAUUCGAUUUAAAUGUUCGUCUUAUUCUGUAGAUAAACCAAAAACAUUUAAAAUGAAUGCAUUCAAAAGUGUUCAGCACAACUUUGUAGCCUGGUCAACAUAUGGCACACUGGGUAUAUUUACAGUAGCAAAGUAUUCAGACAAUCCAAAGGUAAGGUUUUGUGCAGGAGAUGCCUCUGAAAUAUUCAUUCCAUUCCAUUGCAGGUUUGUAGGCUGUUAGAUUAACCUUUUAAAACCCACACUUCAUAUUUGCUGGGGAUAGAUUUUUCAUCAUCUUAGAUAGAGCCUUCCCCUCAAAAAGGGAUCCUUGAACCAUGUGUUCCUUCUAUAUGAGAAGCUAUAAUUAUAUAAUUUCUAUUCGUCAUUUUUGUUGUGUUUAUAAAUUAUAUUGCAAACCCACAAUUGCAGGCUUUUAUCAUUUCUAUGAUUUGAUUAUCAUGAGUGUUUCUACUGGCAUGACUUUUGGCUUUGACUUUGUUACUACUUUUGUUUUCCCAAAAGUGACUUAUUCAGCUAUAAAUACGUUUCUUGGUAAGAUCUCCCAAAGUGUGUGUGUGUGUAUAUAUAAAAUACAAAACACAUUUUCUUUCCUUAAAUAUUGUACAGGGAGAUAGUUUUAUUACUACAUGUGUAAUUUUUGGGAUGUAUUUAUAUAUAAAAGAAGAAAUACUAUAUUUUCAAAGUUCUCAAAUAGAUCUCAAAAAUUUUUAAUGAAGUACUUCCAUUACAUAGCCCUCACCUAGGUGCUUCAGACAGCUCUGUUACAGUUAUAAGCAUUGACACAGGUAUAUGUAAAAGGAAUAAUUUUCAUUAUGGCAUAUCCCAUGUAUGUUCCACUGAUGAACCAUAUAUUUUAUUUUAGUUAUGUGGGUGUUUUUGUGAAAUAUAUACAUAUCCCAUACAUUAAGUGUAUGAAAUUGUUUUAAAGCUUCACCCUUGCCACUUGAACUACCCACAUCUGUCUCCAUGUCACUUCAGCCCACUUGUUUCUAUGAUUUUGUUUUUUUAACAGAUUUUUUAAAUAAUAAACAUGUUUUUUAUCAGAUUCAAAAAGUUAUUUUUAUAAACCCAGUCACCAGCAAUACUUAUUAUUAUUAUUUAUUUUUUUUAAAAUUUGCUACUUAAAAAAAUACUGUUAUCCAAAUUAAAAUUUAGCUUUUAUGCAGGUUUUGGUAAGAGAAUAGUAUACACUCUCACAUGAAAAGGUGUGUGUGUGAUAUACACAUAUAUUACAUAUAUAUGCAUGUAUGUGUGUAUAUGCAGUUUGCAUAUGUGUAUAUACAAUACAUGUAUAUAUGUGAUUUAUGUAAGAUUGUAACAUGCAUACAUAUAAUGCUAUGGGCAAUGUUUGUGGUAGAUUUUAUACAUAAUCGGCAGCUUAAGCCAAUCAAUUAUAAUAAUUAAAAGACACAGUUUCAGGCACUGUUGCAAAAACACGUAUUGAAUAAUUCCAUUGCUUUCAUUUUACUCAAACUAAUGCUGUGUUUUCUCGGAGUGGUCUAUAGCCCAGCUUUAUUAUUAUUUUAUUUUUUUUGUUAUUUUCAUUCAUCAUGAGCAACUUAAUAUCUAGGGAUGGCCCUACAUAUUUACCUUUCUGAAAAGGAUGUGUAUGUUAGCAUAACAUAUAUAUAAUUUUUUUUUGUUCUUUAUUUCGCCUUAUACAAUUUCUUGUAUUAGGAAUUUGUUAGUUUUCGCAUAACCCUUGGGGUCAGAGCACAGGGUCAGCCAUUGUACAGCACCCCUGGAGCAAUUACAGGUUAAGGGUCUUGCUUAAGGGCCCAGCAAAGUAGGAUCUCUUUUGGCAGUGACGGGGAUUAGAACUGGCAACCUUCUGGAUACCAGCACAGAUCCUUAGCCUCAGAGCCACCACUCCUAUUUUUGUGGUAGAACAGUUGUGUGAGAUGUUGGAAAUAUUUCUCCCAUUCUGAAUGUAACUGUAUUACAGUACUGCACCCCAGAUCAUUUUGUAAAAAUAAUUUUUGCCCCCCUCCCACAGUAUCCUCAUUUUAAUGUUAGUGUGAAUGACAGUUAAACACUUAAAAGGGACAAUAUAUAUUUUUUUUUGGUUGUUGUUUUUUAAAAUAUAAAAGUCUUUAUACACACAUUUUGACUUCUCCAAAUGCCAGUGGGCACUUCCAUUAAACUCUUACCACCAUUUACCAGAUUGCUUAGGCUAUUAAAACCACUCCCAUUUCAAUUGGGUGAGGUGAUCUCAGACUCCCUGCUGCUGCUUUAUUCAGUGAGCCAAGCUCUAUGGUUUUGACAUGUUUUGCACUUUAUAAAACCCCUAACAUAUUGUACUCGUAUUGGGUACUAUGACCCAUAAACUUUUUCUUUUUGCAAAUGGUGCUCAUGCAAAAUUUGAUUGGGUUGGGUGCAGAGGUUUCCAAGUAUACCAAGAACACACAGAUCUUAGAUAUGUAAGGUAAAAUUUUUCAAAUGCAAAAAAAAAUUGGUACUACACAGGUAAAAGCUAUAAACCUGACAAUUAUGAAGUACUUGGUUAUAUUUUUCAAAGAUUGUACAGAAAAAAGUGUUAUGUAUUAUAAAAUGUCUAAUUUAUCUUUGUAAAAAGUUUUGUUAUUUAAAGAGAACUUUUGUAUGGAAAAAAUUAAACUUUUUGUUUCUUA